AUGAUGUUUCCCGAAAUUGAGCGGGACAUUGAAACCCCGCUAAUUUCACCGAAAUCCGAAGAGCGAAAGGCUGCACAACAAUGUCGCUUGCAAAUACUUCUGCCGGUGUAUACUGUGUCCUUCUUGCUCUUGCUCGCUAUGUCCGUGAUCGCGGCCGCCCAAGCAGACGUCGUCGAGAACAUUAUCUGCAGACGCUACCAUGACCCAGAACUGGACCUCACCAACCAGCCCCUUGACUGUAAGAGUGAGGCAGUUCAAAGUGAAGUGGCGUUGGUGCAAGGGUGGGGAGACUCCCUCGCACAGAUUCCAGGUAGGAUGCCACAGAGGUCGCAGUAUAUCGAUGUUUUCGAACUCAACUCACAGAUAUGGUUUGUAGGAAUAUUCUUUGUGCUUCCGUAUGGACUACUGGCUGAUAAAUGCGGUCGCAAGCCUGUGUUUAUCCUAUCCUUUGUUGGUAUAGUCCUCAGUGAUACCUGGAUUAAAAUCGUGUACUUUUUUCCCGAUACUUUUUCUAUUCGUAUGGUCUGGGCGGCGCCUAUCUUGCAAGUCAUCGGCGGUGGUCGCUCUGUUGGCGCCCUUCUCACAUAUACUAUCAUCGCGGACGUGGUCCCUCGUGCGGAACGGUAA